AUGGAAUCAAAUGGAAUACCAAGGAAUGUUUCAUGGGGAGAAAAUUUAGAGUAUUAUGUUGAUCAAAAUGCAGCAAUUGGAGGAGAUUAUCAUUUAGAUGAAUCGUCAGAUGACGAUGAUGAUGAUCAAGAAUAUGAUAGUGUAUCAUCGAGAUCAACCAUUUCCACUCCAUUGUUGACAUCAUCGUUUGCCAGAUUGAUGGGUAUUGCAGACUCUCCAUCAUCAUCUUCUGACUCUUCAGCCUCUUUAAUUGAACAACAACCAUUACAAUCACCAGCAUCGGAACAAUCAUCGGUGGUCACAAUCAAGCCAGAAAAGACAUUUUGGGAAUUCAUGACACGAGACAAGAUUAAUCUCUAUUGUCUAAUGAUAUUCUAUGUUGUCUAUAUCUUGUUGUAUGGCCUUUUGGUACCACAACUAUUCAUCACCUAUGUAUUUGCAAAGUAUCCAGAUAGAAGUGAUAAAGAUAACAAUGCAGCUGCAACUCGAUUAAAAUCAGUGGCCGAUGCUCUUCCCUAUUUGGUCUUUUUCCUCGUCGGUCCAGUAAUGGGUGCUUUCUCUGAUAAAUAUGGUAGAAAGAAAACCUUUUUUAUAUCUACUUUUUGUUAUUUUAUUGAUGCAUUUGGAUAUUUGGCAACUUUAAAAACAAAUAAUUUAAUCUAUUUCUAUGUUGGUCAUGCAAUUGGUGGUUUUGCACAAUCGAUACAAUCAAAUUCAAUGUCCUAUUUGGCAGAUGUUACAACACCGUUGGAGAGAACAAAAGCAUAUGGCUUUUCGGGUGGAUGUGCUGGUUUAGGAGUAUUGCUUGGCCCAGCUGCCAGUAUCUUUCUAAGCUCGCUCGGCAACCUAUAUUACAAUGUCUAUGCUGUACUUGGUAUCCUUGGUAUUUGUUUGGCUUUGAAUAUUACACUACCAGAAUCGAUUCACAGAGCACCCAUCACUGCACCCAAGGUUAAACGUACACUCAACCCAUUCAAAGCAUGUUGGAAGCUUUUAUCCAACUCGAGAUAUCUAUGUUUUGUCGCUCUCAUCUAUGCCUCCUACACUUUUACAUCACAAGAUACCAUUAGUACAUCUUUCAUGUACACUCGUAUUCGAUACAACUGGUCAGCACAAACAUUUAGUACUUAUAUGGUUUUCCUUGGUGUAGCCUUUGUUUUUUGGAAUGUAAUUGUUGUUCCAUUUGCAACUAAAAGAAUUUGUAAGAUUAAAUUAUAUUGCAAGAGUCCAACCAAAGGUGAUAUUAAAAAGGCUGUGUCGUCUGACGACCUCACACAAUCCAUCUUUUCCAAACAUAAUGGUAUCAUUGGUAUCAAUGUAUCUGAAGAUAUCAAUGAUGAUUAUGAUAUAAAUAUAAUGAGGAAUGAACGUUCCUAA